AUGUAUGAAAGUAGAAAAAAAUGAAGCUUGAAACAAGAAAAUAAGAUCUUGAAAAAAAUUAUUUGAAUCAGUUUUGAAAAAUAGAAUGAUUAGAGUGGGUGUCAAUUAUUGCGUUAAAAAAGCAUAUUUUAAUCAUUUUCAAAUUUUGAAGUAUUUCUAAGAUAUACAUGUAGUUUUCGGCGAAAUGGAAAAAAAAUAAGAUUCAAUAAAUUACCUGUUUUCUCCUGAUGAAUUCUGCCUCAAAACAGAAGACGUCCAAAAAAGACAAAAUUGCAGUCAGCUUAAAUAAAUGCGUCCAAUCGUUUUCUGUAUUUUUUUAAUUAUUUUCAAAGUGCAAAGAUAAAUUAUAGCAAAAUUUUUCAAUUUCAAGCUAAAAUUAAACCUAUCAUUUUUUCGCAACCGCAAUAAACCCCUCGAAAUUAUUUUUUGGAAGAGAAAUUGCGGUAAAAACUAUAAAAGAGUUGAAAAUUCUCAUUUUUCCAUUCCGAAACCUAACAUGAAGCUGCGUUUCGUCUUCAGUCUUCUGGCCAUCUUCGUCUGCGUUGCCACCGAGGAGUACGACAGCCGGAUGCUCUACAGUGUGGCCAGCCUUCUUUCAACCACCGGAGCCAUCUACGACCGUUGUCAACCUCAUCCCUCUCGAACUCCUCUUCUCGACUACUGGUAGAGUUCUUGUGGACCGAGGUUCGACCUUUUUUCUGCAUGGGAAGACUCAUGAAAGAAAUUCCAGACACCAACAAAAUCAUUCACUUGCAAGCGAUGGCCGGAGGUGACGACGAACUUGUCUGUAAGACUUGAUUUUUCUUGCGGAGAUUUAGAACUUUUUUAAUGACAUCUUUUUUGUUCAACCCCAAUUUAACCUUCGAUUCAGAUCCUUAUGAGAAAUUCUACCCACAGAUCCUGGCCCAACUCAAAGAGCUCGAAAUCCUCAAGCCCAAGCUCAUCGAAGCUCUCUACAAUCGCGUGGGAAAGUAAGAAUUCGGGCUUAUUUCAAAAAUUGAGCAAGAUUAUUUCAGACAUGCUCGAUGCGUCCAAGCCGCCAUGGCCGGAGUGGCCAGAAACUGA